AUGAUAAUUUAUGUUUUAUAUGCAGUUUUAGGAUUGAUCUCUUAUCUAUUUGUUAUCAAACCAUUAACAGAGAUGAUCCGAUUAAAACUUCAAUUCGGUAAGGAUUGUAAGAUUUCUUUUAAUUUUUUUGGAAAGGAGAUAUAUGAUUAAUUAAAAGAAACAAAGGAAAGUAAAAAUGAAAGAGAUAUUUUUAAUAAGUAGAAAACAGCCUACAAUAAAUAUCAAUAUAAAUUUUUUAUGACCAAUAUGCUUUGGAUUAUAAGAAUUUCUAUUGCAGAUCCUUUAUAUUAAAAAGAGGCUCUCUUAAAUCAUUAAUUAUAUUAGAAAGUAGAUCCUGUUUGUCAUAAGUAAAUUAUUUUAUGAAAUAUUAGUGAUUUAUUAUCUAAAGGACUUAUGUGGUCAAAAGGUGAAUAAUGGAAAAAAUAAAGACUACUAUUAUCAAGUUCUUUUGAAUUUGAUUCUUUAAAGAAAAAAGUACCUAUGAUAAAUGAGAUUACUUAAAGUAAGAUAGACAAUUUUUCAAAUGAAAAUGUUUUAUCAUCCUUGUAGUCUAUCACUGGUUUAAUUGUAAUAAAGAGUUUUUUUGGAAUUCAAACAGAUCAAAUUUACAUAAACAAUACAGAAUUACAAGUAGAAAUUGCUAAUAUAAUGAAUGAAAUGGGAUAUAUGAGAUUUAAAUCAUAAAUUUAAUCUACAAAAAGACUCAUUUUUGGUACAAAAGCAUGGAAGAUUUUCCCUACAAAAGAAGAAAAGAAAUUAUUAUAAAGAGUGAAAGACAUGAGAUUAAUAGUUGAAAAUUUAGUAUAAUAAAGAAUAAAGUAUUUUGAAGAUUCAAAUAAUUCAUAGAUUAAUAAUAAUGAAAACUUUUUAAAUAUAUUGGUGAAUGAAUAUCUUAAAAUAAAAAAUAAAAAAUAAUAAGAAACUACAUUAGAUUAAAUUAUUUAGGAAUUCAUCACAUUAUAAUUUGCUGGAACUGACACAACAGCAGUAUUAUUAUACCAUUGUCUCUAUUUUUUGGCUUAUUAUCCACAGGCUUAAGAAGAGAUAAGAAGAGAAAUAAAUGAAUCUUGUCCUUCAUCAUAUAUAAAUGAAAAUGAAAUUAAUAAUUUAAAGAAACUUUCAGCAUUUAUUAAUGAAGUCUUGAGAUUAAAGAAUCCUGCUAUGAGACCUAUUAUAAGAGUGGCCACAUAAGAUCAUAAAUUAAAGGAUUUAAAAAUUAAGAAAGGUAAUAUAUUUAUCAAUUAAUUUAAUAAGGAUGGUUAGUAUGUAUUGAUUAUUUUUUGUAAAAUUAAUCAGAAAAACAUUUUGAUAAUGCUGGAUAAUUUAAUUACACUAGAUGGUUGUAGGAUAAACCAAUCAAAGAAGAUAAUAAUUUUAUUUAUAUGCCUUUUUCAGCAGGUCCUAGAAAUUGUAUUGGAUCUUAGAUGGCUUUAUUGGAAGUUAAAAUCAUAUUAGGUUAAAUUUUAAAAAGAUAUUAAAUAAUGAUAAAUAAAAAUGUGGAAGUUUCAUGGGAAAUACAUUUUAACCAUUAACUCAGUCCAACGAAUGCUGUAAUUUUAAAUAAAAUAAAAUGA